AGUUUUGUUUUGUAGUAAUUCCACUUAAUUGGGCACACCUGGCUAUAUUGAGGCGUUUACGCGUAACUUACUAGUUCUUGUCCACCUUAUUUUUACAGUGUUUUGAAACCCUGACAAAAUUUAACUUAAGUAUGUCGGACAAGACGGAGGUGAAUCUGACCGGAGUCCAACAAAGUAAAGGCGUGUGGCUGGUAAAGGUUCCCAAGUAUUUAUCUCAGCAGUGGGAGAAGGCCCAAGAAAAAGGAGAAGUUGGAAGGAUUACCAUUGGAAAGAAGCAAGGCAAAACAGAGGUACGUUUCAGCCUGAACGAGGAGCUGACGGCCCUGGGCGCUGUGGGGGAGAAGGAUGCAUCACUGCAGGUCCCAAAGGAUCACCCCUUCACUAUGCACACAGUGGGUGGACAGACCAUGGCUGUCUUCAGCCAGAGCGAUGCAGAUGAAAUCAGUCUGGAGGGGAUGGUGGUGCACAGAGCUGAAUGCAGCCCGGUUGUCAAUGACAACUACAUGAAGCUGAAGAAGCUGCAGAUAAGAGAGUCUACCAAGCCUCAGCGUUUGUCACAGCAGCUGGAGAGAGCCGUCACUACCGUCUUCAAGCCUGUGGCCAACCAUGACUUCAAUAUGGAGCAUGAGAAGAAGAAGAAGUCGGAGGGGAAGAUGGUGAGGGCUGAACGGCAGAUCGUGUUGGACAUGCUCUUCUCUGCCUUUGAGAAGCACCAGUAUUACAACAUUAAGGACCUGGUGGACAUCACCAAACAACCUGUGACCUACCUGAAAGAAAUCAUGAGAGAAAUCGGGACGUACAACAGCAAAGGGGUUCACAAAAGCACCUGGGAGCUGAAGCCAGAGUACCGACACUACCAGUCUGCUGAGGAAGAGGAGAUGCAGAAGGCCUAGUUCCAGCGUCUCAUCUCACAGGGAAGAACAGAGAUACAACUGUCAGGUCUUUCAGUGACAUCCUAAAUAUAGAUGUCAAAAAGGAGAUAUUGUUUGUGGGAUAUGUAGGCAUUAUGUUAUCUUUGUGAGUUCAUAAUUUUUAAGUUAACAUUAUUAUUGGGUGGAAUCGUCUGCUAUGCAGCAGCUAGUACAGCACUGUAAGGGUCCAGUGUGUAGGAUUCAGGGGGAUACAUCGGCAGAAAUGGAAUAUAAUAUAAUCAGUAUAUUUUCUUUAGUGUACAGUCACCUGAAAAUAAGAAUAAAAAAAUAAGAAUAAAAAAUAAUCUCAGUUUGACAUGUUGAGUUGACUGACAUGACAUGACUUAAUUUGUAACCGUGAUGUGACUAUCACUAAAAUCUGCACACUUGCAUGUUCUGGCCCAUUUACUACAAAUCAAACAUACUGUUUUACGAUUCUACACCGUACCACAUGCAGCCAUUUCUUUGCCUGCAUGUUUUAAGCUUGUUUGAUUUAGACCAAACUUUUCUGUCAUGUCAUUUAUUUAGACGCACUGACAUUCAACUUAAGUAAGAUAGCCUUCAUCAUAUUUUAGUUUUUGAUGUUUCUCUUUGAUGAUGAGCAUCAGCAGUUAACCUUUUGUUUCCUGUCAAAAAUCUAUUUGGAACUUAACAUGUUUAACUUAAUGAAUAGAUCUUGCAGACCUUGAUAGCCAUGCUCCCAACAGAGCACUUACCCCUCCCCAAACUGUGGAUGUUCCAGUCAGACAGACCUUUUUUACACGAAGCGUGUCAUAGGAAGAACCGGUUAGACUGUUCCAGCAGUUAUUGCAACACACUGCUGUAUUUAAAUAUGUUAGUAGUCACACCUUUGUGUGUGACAAGUCAGAACAUCUGCUGUGAAGAGGCUCUAUUCAACUUCAGUUUCACUCCAGAUUUUCCUCUGUGUGCAUCCCAGUUUGGAAUCAAAGAAGAAAAACCAUCAUAGUAAACAUCAUGUCUGUUUAUUUUUGUCACUUACAGUUUUGUGGUAAAACUUUUCUAUCAUCUCCUGGCUAAGAAGUAGGAAAAACUGACAACUUGAAAGAAAAUAUAGUGUGUUUAAAAAAAAAAAAAAAAAAUCAGGCAGUAAUUCAAAAUAGGAUUUAGUGGUAAAACAACGGCUGCAGCUGAAAAUUCUUUUGGCUUGUUCGUUCAGCGAGUACAGGGCAAGUAUGAACAUGUGCUACACAGCAAGGUGAAUUUCAACAGCCGCAGUGAAUCAGAGAAAAUGAAGAUUAAGGAGCAAACUAACUGGAAACCCAUCUCACCUUUCUAGCAGUGUUACUAUAGCAACUGCGGACAGCCUUAAACUAUACUUACAAUAAAUCUCACAGGGCAGAAACCUGCUGCUGCUGCUCUGUCUUUUAAGGUUAAAGCAUGUUAAAUGUGUGACCACACCCUAACCACUUAUGUCGCAAGGCCAAAAUGCCAAACUCCUGAGGGUGAGAUCAGAAGAUCAACAUUUUGAUUUAACCAUGAAUUAACAGUUAGACACAGAAAUACACGUGCUACACGACCUCUUCAUGCUUCCUUGUUGAAGAACUUUCAAUCACGGGAUUAAACAACUGAAAAGAUUUGGUAUAAUUAGCUACACAUCUUUCUCUAUACGGUUAUUUUUAAAAACUCCUCAGUCAGUGGAUUAAACUGUGGAUCACUUGUCAUUGCUUUGACACAAGCACUGCUGUAUAUCUAAUACUGUCUAUACAUUUGUGUGUAAUGUGUAAUGAAUUCAUACAACUUCUGUAUCACAUUGCUGAGGUGACGUAAGGAAAAUAAAGCUGACUGAGGCAUAUUGCAUCAUAUCUUAUUCCUUUCUGUAACAUACACUGUAAGGUAAGGUGACAGGAGAAAGAGGUGGCAUUUUUUUCUCAUACUGGAAUAUUGGUUCAUGCAUAUACACAGUAUAGAGUAAUGUGUG